AUGGCAUUUUCAGUUGGAAGUGAUUUCAGUACCUCAUUUACACAGGACUCUGAUGAAGUUGAAGAAAUGUUCUGUGAGGUUUGUGAUAAACAUGACAAGCAAUAUGUUCCUGCUGAGGGAUUUUGUGAGGAAUGUUUUGAGUACUUGUGUGGAAUUUGUCUAAAAUACCAUAAAAUAUACAUGAAAUCACACACUAUAAAAGAUAAGGAUAAAAUGCCACAGGAUUUCUGUCUAGAGAAAUGUUCUGUUCAUCAGGAUGAAUUGGUCAAGUUCUAUUGUCAAGAUUGUAAGAAAUUUGCCUGUAAUGAAUGCAAGACUCAGGACCAUGGGAACUGUAGUAUGGUCAGUCAUUUGCCAGCUCUUGUUCCAGAAUGCAAAGCUUCUGAACUAAAUAUUACCAAUAUACAAGACUGUGACAAAUUUUUCACCUAUCAAGAUAUACAUGAAUCUGAAGUACAAAGAACUGCAAGUUAUUACACAGAUAUAAAAUUCACAGUUAACUUCUUGUCAUCUUUAUGCUUAUUAUCUGAAAACUGUCUUCUGGUUACAAAUUUUAAUUCUAGUAAACUAAUUAUAUUCAAGGAUAUAUCAGUCAGCACUACAUCAUAUGAUACAAUAGACCUCUCCUCAGAGCUUUGGGCUGUUGCUAAAGUUGACAAUAACAAAGUUGCUGUCACAUUUCCUGAACUUAGAAUAAUAAGACUGAUAAAAUUUUCUAAGCAUAUGACAGUGACAAACAAUGAAGAUAUAAAAGUAGGAAGAUGUUGCCGUGGCGUUGCCUUUAGUAACAACAAACUUAUAGUAUCUUACACUUUUCCAGCGGCAGUGAAGAUACUUGACAUGUCUGGUAAAGUAUUGAAAACAUUUGAUAAAGAUCAGCAUGGGACAUGUCUGUUUGUUGAUCCACGUAACUUAACAAUCAGUGCAGACAACACAGUUAUAUAUGUAUCUGACUUUAAGAAGAACUGUGUGAUAGGUUUACAUGUAACUUUUGAUGGGAAAGUCAAGGCCAUUUACAAUGAUGACCAGUUGGAAAUACCAUAUCAAUUGACUGUAGAUAGGUCUGGGGCAGUGUUUGUAUGUGGAUAUUGGUCACACAAUAUACAUCAAUUAUCACCUGACCUGACCAAGGUGAAGAUACUUCUUGAUAGAGAACAAGGAAUAAAUGGACCAGUAGGUGUGACAUACUGCCAGGAUACAAACAGAUUGUAUGUGGGUCAAAAUCUUGCUUGUAACUUAUCAAACUAG